AGGCUGGCAGGGAGCGCUGCCGCACCCCGGGGCGGUCAGCAGAGCCCAGGACUUAAAUACUGAUGGCGAUGUUGGAAAGCCAAACACAGUGUGUGCCCCUCUGUCGUGUCCCUGUGCACCGAUGGUGGGAUCACCACUGGCAGAUUUUGUGCUAUCAGGGUGCCUGGGUGUAGAUAACAUGACCUUGUCAGCCCGACACUUGCGGUCUGUAAAGGGAUGAGAUGCGUAGCCAGGGGCAGACAGGAUGAAGCUGGAAGGGCUGGCAUCCUUUCUGGCCUGGAAAUACAGGGCUGCUUACCAAAAAUUGCGACCAGUAAGAAUAAUUAUAAUGGUUGUUUCCAAAUUGAAAGCCCAAGGCAGGCAGCUCCCAGGCCCAUGUUAUGGUCUGUGACUCUGAGGGUUCAUAGACUUAAUACUGUGCAGUCUGCUGAGCUUAGUUAUGCAGAAACAUUCCACAUUAACUCUGCAAACAAACAGUUUUAAUGCCUAACCAUUAAGGACCAUGUUUCCAAAAAAUCUGCCUCCCAUAAUUAUAAAGAUGAGCAACGGUGACACAUAAAUUGUUGGAAGAAGCCAGGGUGAUCACGAAGCCUUGGUUUACAUGUGUGUGUACUAGGGCUGCCCUGCAGCACCGGGCCCUCCACGCACUCCUGCUGGAACAGUGAGGUCACAGCAUCAAACCCUGGUUCUGAGGGCAGCAUCACCAUUCCUGGGUGCCCCUCUGCAACAACACUAGGCUUAGUGAGACAAUUUCCAGUAAACUACUCCCUGAACACCAGAGCUAGUAAGAUGGAAGUGAUGGCAGAUGACUAUGAGACACGAGAUAUCUUGAAGCCUCUUGUGUUCCGUCUCCAUGAGAAUGCCCCUGCAAUAGUCCGUGAGGUUUUACUGGAACGUGGUUGGACUGAAUUUGAUCAAAAGGAACAAGAUGACACAGACUGGAACUUGUACUGGCGAAACUCACCUUUUCGUAUGACAGACCACCACAGCAUCAAACCAUGGCAGAGACUCAACCACUACCCAGAAGCUGUCAGAAUAACCAGAAAAGACUAUUUGGCAAGGCAUCUGAAACGUAUGAAAGGAGCAUAUGGAUCAGCUCUGUAUGAAUUUAGUCCAGUGGCAUUCAUUAUGCCCAAUGACUAUGUCAAAUUUAUAGCUGAAUACAGCAAGGAGAGACAGUCAGUAGGCAGAAGACCUAGCUACUGGAUUUGCAAGCCUGUGGAUCUCUCCCGUGGAAGGGGCAUACUCAUUUUCCAAGACAUUAAAGACCUGGUAUAUGACUGUACAGUCAUUGUGCAGAAGUACAUUAGCAACCCCUUACUCAUUUCAGGGUAUAAAUUGGAUCUUCGCCUCUAUGUGUGUGUCACCAGUUUUUGUCCCCUUACCAUUUACACUUAUGAAGAAGGACUGGUGAGGUUUGCGACUGAGAAGUUUGACCUUGGUUCUCUGGACAAUGUCUACGCCCACCUAACGAACACCAGCAUCAACAAAUAUGGAGCUUCCUAUAAAAAAUAUAAAGAAGGGAUUGGCUGUGGCUGCAAAUGGACAUUCAGCAAAUUUCGUUCUUACCUUCGAAUUUUUGGGGUCGAUGACCUGCUUCUGUGGCAGAAGAUCAAUAACAUAGUGAUUCUCACCUUGCUUGCUGUAACCCCCUUACCUGUGGCUUCCAAUUGCUUUGAGCUCUUUGGCUUUGACAUCCUGAUUGAUGACAAAUUCAAGCCAUGGCUUUUAGAAGUCAACUACAAUCCAGCCCUGUGCUUAGAUUGUUCCAUUGAUGACACUGUGAAAAGACGACUUCUUCAUGAUAUUGUUGAACUGCUGAACUACAAGGAGAUUGACACUCUUAGGCAGAAUGAAAUGGCUGGAUUAAAAGCUGUCAGAAGGCAGGUGCCCUGGAGAACAGCUGGUCCAAGCACCCCAGAGGAGGCUCCUGGCUUACUCACUUGCCGGAAAGUGGCUGCAUCUAAUUCUGCUUCUCCAGUACAACCUGCCCUGCAGGCUGCAAGAGGAUCAAUUCAUAAGGUGGCUUCCCUGACGAAGAAAACUGUCAGAGCACAUCCAAGGAAAACACUCACUUCCCAGCUGCGGGAAAAGAUGAACAGGCCAAAAACAUCCUCACAAGUGAGAACUAAAGAUAAACUUCCAGCUGUACAUUCCCCAUGCAGUUCUGCCCAGCUCAACCACUGGUUACCUACACCUGAUUUCCGCAACUGCAAGAUCAGCACACAUCCCUAUUUCCUCUCAGAUAAAGACCAGAGGCCUAUCUGCCGGGUAGGAGACUUUGUCCUUAUUUUUCCUUUCAAUGAAGCUGCACUUCAAGCUUCUAGGGAUGGAACAGAUGUAAAGAGCAUCAUAAAGGAAAUAAACAAAUUAGUGAGCAAACAGUUGCUAUCUAAACAGCAGAAUACAAAGAAGGGGGUGGGCUAUUUAACUUCUGUUUAAUUUCAUGACAUUAGGUUAUAUUGACAUACCACAAAUGACAUCUUUAGCUUGAAGGAGGUAGAUAUAUACUGAAAUUGUUUUAGAAUGAGAGAGAUCUCAAAACCAUACACAAUUUAAACAUUGUAAUUUAGCAAUUACCAUCAGAGAUUAUUUUUGAAAAUGAAAGCACUGAAUAAUUCUUUAAAGUAAUCCACAAAUAAAAAUGGAGAAUUGCAUUUCUCAAAACAUCCUCGGAGACACCCGUCUUUGUUCAUUAUGAUAAUAUAGGUCUUUGCUUCUUUUAUUUUCUUGACUAAGAGGGCCUUAUGAUUUGAAAAAGCUGGUCAGUUUACACCGGGGGGGAGGGGAUUCAACAUGCCCAGAGUUUACAAAGGUGCAGGUGAUAUGAAUGACACAAAACUAUCACAUUUUUGAACAACCAAGUGAGCUUCCUGACAUUCAUUUCCAUGGCUUAAUUUCGCAUUGUAUGAAACAACUUUCAUUUUAUGACGUGUAGGACUCUGUAGACAUUCUUAUGGAAAGUUUAAAUAUAUAUAUAUACUGCUCCAGUAUUAUUUUCAGAUAAACUCUUGAUAAACAAGGCCUUGUAGACUGCAUGAGUAAGAAAAAAACAGGCUUCCCAAGGUAAGAGAGAAAUUUGAUAAUGGAGGGCAGGAUAUAAACUGCAAGUAUCCUGGUUAGAAGACUGGAUCAAAUCUGUUUCACAGACUCUGAAUUGGCCACUUGAGGGGUACAGAAUUAGUCUGCUUUGUUUUGCUUGCAAUAAAACUGAUCAACUGAGCAUGGAAAAAUACUAACACUGAACUGAAGCAUUUGAAAUUGUCAAAUUACUAUGCUUCCCUUGUACACCUUUGCUGCCCCCA